CUUUAUAAAUACAAAUUCUAGUCGUCUUUGUUUCUACACAACAAUCCACCCAACUCAGUAUUAAAAAAAUGGCAUCUGUUUCAGCUCCUUUGCCGAAUUCUCUUCACCCUCGGAUAAACCAAUCCACCACCGUGCGAUCAACGCCGUUAAAAUUCACCUCGACUCGAUUUUUAACCCGCCUGAUCAAAGCCUCAACAUCAGAAACUCCUCCUGAUCUAGCCGUCGCGACCCAACCCGGAUCCGGAUCCAAAGAUCUCCCGAUCCGAAACAUCCCCGGAAGCUACGGUUUACCAAUUAUAGGACCCAUCAAAGACCGUCAUGAUUACUUCUACAACCAAAAACCAGAAGAGUUCUUCAAAUCCCGAAUCCGUAAAUACAACUCCACCGUAUUUCGUGUCAAUAUGCCUCCCGGAGGUUUCAUAGCUGAGAACCCACAAGUCGUUGCUUUACUCGACGGAAAAAGCUUUCCGAUUCUAUUCGAUGUUGAUAAAGUCGAAAAGAAAGAUCUCUUCACGGGAACUUACAUGCCUUCAACGGAGCUCACCGGAGGCUAUCGAAUCCUCUCCUACCUCGAUCCAUCGGAGCCGAAUCACUCCAAGCUCAAAUCAUUACUUUUCCAUCUACUCAAAUCCUCUCGAAACCGAAUCUUCCCAGAGUUUCGAGCUACUUACUCGGAGCUUUUCGAUUCGAUUGAGAAAGAACUCGCCGCUAAUGGAAAAGCAGAUUUCGGUGGUCCUGGAGAUGCAGCAGCGUUCGAUUUCUUGGCUCGAGCUAUGUACGGGAAGACUCCAGCUGAUACCAAACUUGGAUCCGAUGCACCGAAGUUGAUCACGAAAUGGGUCUUCUUCAAUCUACAUCCUUUGUUAACACUCGGUUUACCAAAGCUUGUUGAAGAUCCUCUUCUCCAUACUUUCCGAUUACCUUCGUCGCUAGUCAAAUCUGAUUACCGGAGACUCUAUGAGUUUUUCCUCGAAUCUUCAGGUGAGAUUCUCGUCGAGGCCGAGAAAUUGGGUAUCUCGCGAGAAGAAGCUGCUCACAAUCUACUUUUCGCCACGUGUUUUAACACGUGGGGUGGGAUGAAAAUCUUAUUCUCUAAUCUGGUUAAACGAGUCGGGCGGGCGGGUACUAAACUCCAGAUUCGAUUAGCGGAGGAGAUUAGAUCAACGAUUAAAUCAAACGACGGAGAGCUCACGAUGGGAGGUAUUGAGAAAAUGGAGCUAACGAAAUCCGUCGUUUUUGAGUGUCUCCGGUUCGAACCGCCGGUUCCGGCGCAAUACGCUCGUGCAAAGAAAGAUUUUGUGAUUGAGAGCCACGACGCGGCGUUUAAAGUGAAGGCAGGAGAAAUGCUUUACGGAUAUCAACCGUUUGCGACGAAGGAUCCGAAGAUAUUCGAUCGAGCGGAGGAGUUUGUGCCGGAGAGAUUCGUCGGGGAGGAAGGAGAGAGGCUGUUGCGGCACGUGGUGUGGUCGAAUGGGCCGGAGACGGAGAAUCCGACGGUGGGGAAUAAACAAUGCGCCGGGAAGGAUUUUGUUGUUUUGGUGGCGAGGUUGUUUUUGAUUGAGAUUUUCCGGCGAUAUGAUUCGUUUGACAUUGACGUUGGUUCGUCGCCCUUGGGAAGCUCCGUUAAAUUCACGUCGUUAAGGAAGGCUAGCUUUUAGAAGCCAUGGAUAAAUUUGUAAUUUUGUUAUGUUUGUACGUGUUAUAUAGUCAUCUAUUUUGUCUUGUAUUAUUAUUAUGUCCUUUUCUUUCAUAAUUUUAAUCAAGAGUUGUUAUAUGCCCCCAUUUGUAUAAGAUUUUUCAACUGACGACAA